GUGUAAUUUCCCGCUAUUAUGCAAUGGCACUUCAACCGAACCAAGAAUUAAAGCUUGAUUUGUCCCAGGAGCAGGGGUUCCUGGCCUACUACAGAACUUUGCCAGAGAAAUCGGGCACCACAAUCAGAUUCUUUGACAGAUCUGACUAUUACACUGUCCAUGGGCAAGAUGCUUUGUUUGUUGCUAAGGAUGUUUUCAAGACAAACACUGUUGUCAAGUACCUAGGCUCAGGGGAGAAGAAAGUGGAGUCAGUGUGCCUCAGCAAGAUGAACUUUGAGGCCCUUGUGCGUGACCUACUGUUGGUGAGACAGUAUCGAGUAGAAGUGUACAAGAACAAGGGAGGAGCCAAGAACAACGAGUGGAGUCUUGGAUACAAGGCCUCCCCGGGCAAUCUGACCCAGUUUGAGGACAUCUUGUUUGGCAGUUCUGACAUGUCAAACUCUGUCGGAGUGGUAGCGGUGAAACUGUCCUCUGAUAACGGACAGCGGGUUAUAGGGGUGGGGUAUGCUGAUGCCACACUGAGAAAGUUCCAAGUCUCUGAAUUCACAGACAACGAUCAGUUCUCAAAUCUUGAGGCGCUGUUAGUGCAGCUGGGACCCAAGGAAUGCCUGGUGGCCAUGGGCGACACAGCCAGUGAGGCGGGCAAACUGAAACAGGUCCUGGAGAGAAGUGGUGUCAUGGUUACAGAGAGGAAGAGAAGUGAGUUUACAAACAAGGACAGCGUCCAGGACCUGAACAGGCUGCUCAAGAUGAAGAAAGGGGAGCAAGGCAAUGCAGCAGCUCUCGCUGAAUUAGAAAAACAGCACGCAAUGUCUUCCCUGUCGGCAGUCAUCAAGUAUCUGGAGCUACUGUCAGAUGAAAGCAACUUUGGCCAGUACUCACUGUCCACGUUUGACCUUGGUCAGUACAUGAGACUGGACACAGCGGCUGUGCGGGCAUUGAAUCUCCUGCCCAGUGCCCUGGAAGGUGGCAAUAAGAACCAGUCUGUUUUGGGUCUACUGAAUCGAUGUCGUACUGCGCAGGGUCAGAGGUUACUAGGUCACUGGGUCAAACAGCCUCUAGUGGACGUCAACAAAAUAGGUGAGCGACUGAACAUCGUUGAGGCCCUGGUGGAGGACACAGACCUGAGACAGAUGCUGUACGAGGACCAGCUGAGGAAGAUACCAGACUUCCAGAGGCUGGCAAAGAAGUUCCAGAGGAAAAGGGCAAACCUCCAGGAUGUGUACCGUGUGUACCAGGCCAUUGACAAGAUGCCGUUCCUGUUGGAGACCCUGGAGAAGACAGACCACGCACACCGAGGCCUGCUCAUGGACAUCUUCUCAAACCCACUCAAGGAGUUACUGAUGGACUUUGCUAAGUACCAGGAGAUGGUGGAGGCCACAAUGGACCUGAAUCAGGUGGACAACCACGAGUUUGUAAUCAAGGCAGACUUUGACGAGGGCUUGACUGCAUUGAAGGAGAGGAUUGACUCACUGGAAGAAAGUAUCAAGGGACAGAUUAACAAGGUGGCCAGAGAUCUGGGUCUAGAGCCCAACAAAGUGCUCAAGCUGGAGAGUAACGCACAGCUGGGAUACUACUUCCGUGUGACCUUGAAAGAGGAAAAAGUGCUAAGAAACAACAAGAACUACAUCACCAUAGAUACAAAGACCAAUGGGGUUCGCUUCCAUAACAAGGCUGUCAGAGAAUUCAACGAGGAGUAUUUGAAAGCUAAAGAAGAGUACACAGAGCAGCAGAAGAGUGUGGUGAUGGAAGUGGUCAACAUUGCAGCUGGCUACGUGGAGCCGAUGUUGGUUAUGAAUGACAUUCUCGCCCAACUGGACGUUCUGGUCAGCUUUGCCCAGAUUUCCACGUGUGCCCCGAUACCCUAUGUGAGACCGGUCAUCAGGGAGAAAGGCUCAGGAGUGAUCCGAUUGAUGGAGGCCCGGCAUCCAUGCCUAGAGAUGCAGGAUGAUAUUGCAUUCAUCCCCAACGAUGUCUCAUUUCAGAGAGAUAGAGAAAUGUUUCACAUCAUUACUGGCCCAAACAUGGGAGGAAAGUCAACCUACAUUCGCUCAGUGGGAGUGAUAGUAUUGAUGGCCCAGCUCGGCUGCUAUGUGCCCUGUAGUGAGGCAGAGAUCACAAUAGUUGACAGCGUGCUAGCCAGGGUGGGGGCCGGGGACAGCCAGCUCAAGGGAGUCUCCACGUUCAUGGCAGAGAUGCUGGAAACGGCCGCCAUUCUCAGAUCGGCCACUGACAAUUCUCUCAUAAUCAUAGAUGAACUCGGCAGAGGUACUUCAACCUAUGAUGGCUUUGGAUUGGCCUGGGCAAUUUCUGAACACAUUGCCACGAAGCUGAACUCGUUCUGUCUGUUUGCGACUCACUUCCAUGAGCUCACGGCCCUAGCUGACAAGGUGCCCACUGUGAACAAUCUCCAUGUGACCGCUCUGACCUCCAACAACACGUUGACGCUCCUGUACAAAGUGAAACCAGGUGUUUGUGACCAGAGUUUUGGAAUCCAUGUGGCAGAGCUGGCACAUUUCCCCAAGCAUGUAGUCGAGUUUGCACGUGAAAAGGCAUGUGAGCUGGAGGACUAUCAGUCUAUCAGUCUGUCUGGCACUGGAAUGGAGGGGGAGGAUGAACCCGCGGUGAAGAAACGAAAACUGGUGAAACAGGAAGGAGAACAACUCAUUGCAGACUUUUUAGCCAAGGUGAAAGCACUUCCAGUGGACAAGCUGACAGACAAAGAACUUGAAGAGAAAGUAGAAAGUUUUAAGAAGGAAAUCAAGGCCAAGAAGAAUUCUUACAUCGAGGAUAUUUUGGCACGAAAGUCUUGAGUGUGUUAUAUGUAUAUGUUGACAAUACAAACAGUACUAUAUUGUUUCUUUAUAUGGAUGUCGUUAACAAUAGGCAGGGCUUGCAUUGAUUUAAGAAAAACCAGUUUGGCUGCUGGCUUGAAAUGAUCAGUUGAAAUUCAGGGUUUACAACUGAAGGACACAGACAUUUGCACAUUCUGCGUGUUUAUUAACUUUAAUGAAAAUUUUAUGUUUUGUUAUAAAAUGAUAUACAAUUUUCAAAACAGCUCCAAUAGAAUGGAAAUGUUUUUUGUGCAUUUGAUAUUGUCAUUCUAUAAUCAUUUGCAUCAACAUCAUUAAAAGCCGAAUCCUUAUUGUCGUAAAAAAAAAAGAAAUAGCAUACAAAAUGGACCUUUUUCCGUUUCUGAUUUCUUCAUUUCAAAUAGUUUUUUGCAUGUAGGCAAAUAUUCUGUGUUGAACUGUAGGUCUUGUUUGACUGAAAUAAAUAUCUACAAAAUCA